AGUACAUUCACGUUCAUGACGCAGGAUGCUGCGUAAUGUGUUACUUUCAUUCGCUCUGACAAGAGUCCAGUGAUACGGACGGUCCACCGCGAGGCUAUUUACUCUGCAUUGACUGGAAACAGCACAUAAUCUGAUGUAAAGAUGUCAUUUAAAGACAACACAAUUAGUUUCCCUGAGCUUAUUAAGCUGAAACGAGAUGGUGGCCAACUCAACCCAGCAGAGAUAAGCACUUUUGUGCAUGGAGUCACAUCAGGAGACAUCCAGGACAGUCAAAUAGGUGCUAUGCUAAUGGCCAUAUGGCAGAAGGGCAUGACCGAUGAAGAGACCGUGGCAUUGACGAGAGAGAUGAUGAACUCUGGGGAGAUUUUUAAAUGGCCGAAGGAAUGGCUUGUGCUAGACAAACACUCAACCGGUGGGGUUGGAGACAAAGUCAGUCUUCCACUCGCUCCUGCUCUGGCUGCAUGUGGUUGUAAGGUGCCCAUGAUAAGUGGAAGAGGACUGGCACAUACAGGCGGCACCCUUGACAAGCUGGAGUCUAUCCAAGGGUUUAAAGUUAACCAGUCAGUUGAACAGGUGAAGCAGAUCCUAGAGGAUGUGGGCUGUUGCAUUGUGGGACAGACAAAGAAUCUGGUGCCAGCAGAUAGUGUUCUCUACGCCAUCAGAGAUGCCACAUCGACUGUUGAUAGUCAUCCUCUUAUCAUAAGCUCCAUCAUCUCUAAGAAAGGAGCUGAGGGUCUCAGUGCUCUUGUGUUAGAUGUGAAGUUUGGCAGAGCUGCUCUGUAUAAAGAUGUGGACAGCGCUCGCAGUCUUGCUCAGUCACUGAUCACUGUGGGUAACAGACUGGGUGUGAAAACAGGGGCGGUGCUUAGCCGAAUGGACACUCCUAUUGGCCAGAGUGUAGGAAAUGCGGUCGAGGUGUGUGAAGCCCUUGAGUGUCUUAAAGGACGAGGGUCAGAUGAUCUCAAGGAACUGGUGACAUAUUUAGGUGGGCAACUAUUGUGGAUGUGUGGCCACUCCUGUACUGUAGAGAGUGGGAAAAAAGAAAUCGCUCUGAAACUGGAAAAUGGAGAAGCCCUGAAAAAGUUUGAGGCGAUGCUGAUGGCUCAGGGGGUGUCUGCAGAUGUUGCACAUUCCCUGUGUUCAGAUGGGAACGACUACUUUAGGCACAUGAAGCGUGCAGCACAUCAGACAGAGCUUGAGGUACCAGAUAAUGGAGCCGUUUUGGACAUCGACGGUUUGGCUCUGGCUGAAGUGCUGCAUAAACUAGGGGCGGGCCGUUCUAAAUCAGGAGAGGAAAUCGAUCACAGUGUGGGAGCGGAGAUCUUGGUUAAGAUAGGACAGCAGAUACAGAAAGGUGAAUCAUGGAUCAGGAUUCAUCACAAUUCCCCAGAUCUGAGUGCACACUAUUCUAAACUGCAGAAAGUUUUGGUCAUUGGCAGCCGAGACGAAUACAAGUCCGCUUCACGUGUGGCAGAAUUCAUCUACCCAAAUAAACCCAACAUGUCAUAACACAGCUUCAUUCAAAACAUAUUUAAAUGUACUGUUACCAAGAAAUAGUUUUCUUUAUAUGAAGCACUAGGGAGUUUUAACAAGAACUACUUGACAAAGACCUACGCUGACCAUUGAGCUCUGCAUCUGGAAAUCUUUUAACAUAUUGUCUUACCAGUAGAUUGAAAUAGUACUCUAGCCCAGGGUCUGCUCAAUCCAGCUUUGAACAAAACCACAUAAACCUGAUGAUUAAAGCCUUCAGCCUGAUUUGGAAAUUGCAGCCAGGUGUUUUGGAGCAGGAUUGAACACACUAGAACAGUAGAUGAAAUGCUGCACUGCCACCACUCACUCACAGAGGAAUUGCAGAAUUACAGAUCAAAAAUCCUCCAGAAGAGCUCCAGAAACUCAGAAAACAGGGUCAGCUCUAGUCCUUCUUGUAAUAAAAAGCAUCCAUGAUGAUGCCUUAAGAUGUUUAUAGAUUUGUCAGAAGGUAAAAGGACUCUGAUGCUGCAAUGUGAAUUCCGUUUUGGUUUUUCAGAAUGCCUUUAAAGCAUAACACUAGUGCUUCAUU